AUGAGCGAUCAACCUAUGUUCAGACCAGAGUCCACCUCGGAACAAGCCGAAGACGUCAGAAUUUUGGGCUACGACCCAUUAGUGUCACCAGCAUUACUACAGGCCCAAAUUCCUGCCACCCAAGAGUGUCUUGCAACCGUCCAGCGCGGUAGAAAAGAGGCCAGCAACAUUAUCACCGGUCAAGACGACCGUGUGCUUGUCGUUGUCGGCCCUUGUUCGAUCCACGACCUUAACGCUGCUCAGGAAUACGCCAAUCGCCUCAAGCAGCUAGCAGAUGAGCUACAAGGCGAUCUUUGCAUCAUCAUGAGAGCUUACCUCGAAAAGCCAAGAACUACCGUUGGCUGGAAAGGUCUAAUUAACGACCCAGACGUCAACAACACUUUCAACAUCAACAAGGGUCUACAGUCCUCGAGACAACUCUUCGUCAACCUAACCAGCGCUGGUGUUCCUAUCGGUUCUGAGAUGCUUGACACCAUCUCUCCACAAUACCUCGCCGAUCUUUUGUCCUUUGGUGCCAUCGGUGCCAGAACCACCGAGUCCCAACUACAUAGAGAAUUGGCUUCAGGUUUGUCCUUCCCUAUCGGUUUCAAGAACGGUACUGACGGUACUCUAGAUGUCGCCAUCGACGCCGUGCAGGCCGCUUCUCACUCUCACCACUUCAUGGGUGUCACCAAGCACGGUGUCGCCGCCAUUACUACCACCAAGGGUAACGAACACUGUUUCGUCAUCUUGAGAGGUGGUAAGAAGGGUACAAACUACGACGCUAAGUCCGUUGCCGAGGCCAAGGCCAAGUUGCCUGCCAACAUCGGCCUCAUGGUUGAUUUCUCCCACGGUAACUCCAAUAAGGACUACAGAAACCAGCCAAAGGUCAACGAUGUCGUGUGCGAACAACUUGCUAACGGUGAAGACAGAAUCAUUGGUGUUAUGAUUGAGUCUAACAUUAACGAAGGUAAGCAAGCCAUUCCUCCAGAAGGUCCAGCCGGUUUGAAAUACGGUGUUUCUAUCACUGACGGUUGUAUAGGCUGGGAAACUACUGACCAAGUAUUGCGCAAGCUUGCUGCUGCUGUUAGACAAAGAAGAGAGGUCAGAAAGGCUUCCGCCUAA